AUGGCUUCCACCACCGCUGUUGAUGUCCUCCCUUCAGGUGGCAGGAUCUUCCUCUCAAUUCCUGACAUUUUCUACAUCCCCGAAUUUGUGAGUUUUUUUUUCUUUCUGUUUAUGGCAUUUUACUGAUUAUAUCAAUACCCUGUUUAAGCCUUGGUUCUAACCUCUCUAUUUAUUCUGCUUACCCAUUUGAGCUACUGCAAAAGAGAUGACUUUUCUGUUUCCAACUUGUAAAUUCAGCAUCAUUCAAAUCAUGAUCUUAAAUCCUUGACUCUUUGCUUCCUUAUCAUCUUUGUUUCAGACAGAGCUCACACUCUUCACGUUAUGUUUGUAGUAGGCUUCAGGAUUUGAUAAGUGGGUCAGGACAGUGGCCACCAAACCAUCGGCAAUGGUUGGGUGGGAGGUGUGGUCUUUUCCAAUAAUUACUAGAUAAGCUAAUCAAACUAGGGAGUAAUCAGCUACUCAAACUACUAAAUUACAGCACAGGUUAUAAAUGUCUUUGAAGAUGUGUAAUUAGGCCUGUUUGGGAUUUAGUCAAACUCUUCCCACUGUUGUAACUUUGAGUUUAGUUAAAGACUGUUUAUCUUAAUGUAAACAUAUGUGUACUUUUCAUCUUGUCCUCACAACUUUUGGCACAGGUUCACAAACUGUGUUGGGCUUGGCAACUGUUUAGUUUGGGAUGACAGUUGUUCCCAUGGGGGCACAGUGUUGCCGAUGAAAAAGAUACGUCACCACAGCAACAUGAAAACAGAAACUUUAAUACAACUAAAAAAAGGGGAACCAAUAAAAUAUUUGGUGCAAAAGUCUACUUUUACACCAACAUUUAAAACAAAGAACAUGAAUUAUAUGGAGAAUUUUUGAGGGUGGCUUUUUUCAGCCACCACAUUUUUGCCCAUUGUGGGUAACUAUGUUAGCAAUUGUACUGUCCUUACCCACCGAACACCCAACAUCAUUUAGACGUCUUCUAUCAGGCUAAAUCACGUUGGCCCAUCAUGGCCACAAUUUAGCCCCAAAAAAUGUGUUGAAAACUUGGCUUCAUUUUGACGGUCCAAAUAUAAACAUUGUUUGGACGUAUGGUGAAGACAUCCUUUCAAUGUCUUUUGAACCACUUUUUGCUGGGUGGGUCCGGUUUUAUAUAUUGCAUACAUGCUGGGUAACAGAAACACACACUUUUGUAUGCUUGUACAGGCAUACUUCUACAUGGAGAAUAGAGAAAAGGCUCUGUGCAGAUGUUAACCAUAGAUCUGAUAAAACAUGGGCCUAGUCUCAGCAGCAUCAGUCCAUGGAUUCUUCUUUAGGAGUCUUUAAGAGACAAAAAGGGAUGAUUUGAAUAAGAAAAAAAAUACUCCAGUUCACACAAAAAGGUGUGGAUGUAAUCAAUUCUGCUGUAAAAAUGUGUCUAAUGGAGGUCUAAUUUGGAUUUGAAGUAAGCUAAAUUAAAACGAGGCAAAUUGGCAAACCAAGACAAGAGGACACUCAAAGAACAGCAAGUUUUUUGCACAUCAUAUUGGCUUCAUUUUUCAACAUCAAAAGUAGCCUCUUGGUGUGGAUAUGGUUGCUGUCCUGAUUAGGGUCUGCAGAGGGACAGAGAAUUAUUUUGAUAAAAACAGUCAUUUAACAGCUUAAUAAAGCAGCAAAUUUAUGGGAAAAAAUUAAAGCUUAAGUUUAAAAACAGCUCAUUUGAGGGUCAAUUUGGUAAAUCAGCAAAAAGAUGAUACUAUUAGCAACAACAAAGUGUCCUAAACAUGUAUAGUGUAGAUGUGGUUUUAAUAUCUGUAGUGUCAGUUGUGGGACACUUGAGAAAUUGGGGUCUAGGUCAACUGGUUUUGUUACUUUGAAGUUAAUAGUGUGAAAUGUAUUUGCUGAAAAGGGAGUUUUAAGGUUAUGUAUGAGUGUGGGCUGAGGGGAAAAUAGCUCAGAAAAGGUUUAAAUGGCAUGUGACAGUAGAAAUGUCAACUUCGCAGCAAAGAGUAGACAGCAAAUGUUUGAAGACACAGAGAGAAGGAACUUUAGCCAACAGUGUUUGAAUCACAGCACAGACGUUGGCUAACUAGAUCUGGUCAAGUCAAACAUUGGCCAAUUAUCCAUGUUUUUUGUCGUGUAUUUACACUUCGAGACACUUGUCAAGUCAGACAGGUCUCUUUUUUGGCUUGUGUCAUUGAUGUUUGACAUGAGGUGUGUCUGUCCUUAUAGAGGUGAAAACUCCUUAGCUAUGUUCUUUGAAGGAUUUGAAACACAUACAGAUCCAAUUUAAGUAGGGUGACCAUUUAUAUUCAGGUAAAAGAGGAUGUAUGAAUAAGGUCUUGAAUGGAAGUUUUGAGUUUGUGUAGCGCUGACUAACUGAGUUAGAUGCAUGUAAAAAACACUUGACCAGACCUGAAAAAACCUUAAAAUUCACUACACGUGACUCCACCCCACGUAGUAGUGUCCCCUUUUUAAGGAUUCAAAAUAUGGUCACCCUACAUUUUAGUGGAUCUGUCCGAAACAACCUGCAGUUUCCGCGAACUGAAGAUAAAAUCUCAGAGGCUGACACUAGUGGAAAAACAGCUUUAGUUGCAGAGGGAGGUGUAAAUCUAAACCAACCAUCAUCUCACACCGUUUACUUACUGUCUUGGGUCUUUUUUUUCUGGCUGCUUGCCAGUGCACCCUUUAACAAAACAGGCUGCUGUUGUUCGGGUAUGGAAAUGUACUGGUUUUCCAUAAGGUAUCAUACAAAACAAACAAUGGUAUUGUGUAGAAACUGAGGUAAGGAAUGCAAACCUAUCCAUACAUUUGUUUCAAUACUGCAGUACAACUCUAACAAAAGCAGAACAUGGAGCUAUUGGUUGUUUGAAGAUGGUGUUUAUUGUAUUUGUAUGUAUCAUCAGCAAAGUUGUGGAUUUUGCUGCAGGAGGUUCCAAAAGACUUUGGCAUGUUGAUAUUUUGAUGCUAGUUUUGCUUGCAGGAUUAUAGAGUGCAGAAGGAAAGGAUAACACUGAGUAAUGUUCCUGAGUGGUCGAGAUCAGGCUUUCUCAAUAUAAACAAGUUUCUCUGCAAAAAACAUUACAUCAACUUUUUUCACCUUUCAUUUUGACCGCUAUAUUUGAAUGAUAUAGUUUUCUUCCAUGGAUGAAUGUAAAGGGAGUGUAGUGGGCAUGAGAGGACUUUGUACAUUAAACUUUCACUCAAGAUAAAUUCAAAAUAAACUUUUAAACUUUUUUGAAAUGACUUUGAAAGAUUUUAAACAACCUAUCACUUGAAUGUAGACCGUGGUUUUCUGUGUCUAAGAUCUAAACUAGUCAAGAUUGUAGAUGUUGCUUGCACUUAUUUAAAAUGAGAAAGAAUACCUUUAGGGUGGAGUAGAUCUAUUAUAUAAGGUCAGACUGAAUGUUUCUUCUGAGUUAAAAAGAUCUUUUCAGUCUUUCAGAUAGUAUCUGAUUAGCUGACACAGCUGAAUGGAACCUACUCUUACUACAUUAACACAAAGUUGAAGGGACUGAGCUCUUAAGAACACAUCUAAGAGUUUUACAUGAACCAGUUUUGCUUUGUACCAGGAAGUGCACAAUGGAAAAAGGUCAUAUAUUUUGAUUCCAGGAAUACAUCUCCAAGAUUUACUUCCUCAGAGAAACUGUGACAGUAGUUAUAUUCUCCACAUGUGCUUAUCCCACUCCCAUUGUUUUUUUGUUUUGUUUUUUUACUAAAAGUAUUAUCAGUGGUCUUUAAGUUGUGAUCAUUAAGUAUUUAGCCAAAAUCACAUUAACGUGUCAUUUUCAAGAGCUUUUCUUCUGCAGAGCUCCAGUAGCUCAUUAGCAAUUCACCUCUGAGUCGUGGGCUGAGACAGUGCUGCUCCGACACUCCUCUUCACACUAGCUUGCAGCCUAACAUUGCCGGUGUAGUAGAAGAAGCAGGUUACAUAGGAGCUAUUCAGCCCUCGGACACUAAUAUCUUUCGGGACACAAUGAAAGUUAAUAUCAUAAUUAGCUUUUUUAGGAGUAUUGCAAUCCACUAACGCACACACUUGUUCCAUGAUUGUCCUCUCUAUUUCUCCGAGUCUGGCCUGAGGACUCCGGGGGUGGAGCUUGCAUUUGCUACGUAGGAAAUCUAACUGUAUCUGAACCUGCAGUUUGGGUCUGCCAGAGAUUUACAGUGAUUUGAAUGCAGAAAUACUCAGAAAAGGAAUUUUGCACUUAUUUUUCUCAUGAUGUGUCCUGUAGCAUCAGAAAAAAUUGCCAUAUGAACAUGUAGAAAACAAGAAAAACAUGAUUUUCACUGGAGUGGGUCUUAACAACAAGGAUCUAUUUGUUGAUGUAGUUUUCAUUGAUUCAGUUUUUUUAGGUCAUUUGGUUGAUUCUAGUGUGAUCCCUCUAUCUCCACUGCUUGGAUCAUUACUUAAGACUCGCGUAAGACAUUUACUAUUCAUCACAGCUGUAGCUGCAUCUUUGAGGACAACCCUAAACUACCCUGCUGGAAAAAUCAAAUGACGAACACGAGAGUCAUUUUUAAUGGUGUUAUAGGUCAAUAAAAGUAAAGGCCACUUGAUGGUUUUCCUGUACACUGUCCAAACAAUGUUCCUAAGUGAGUAUUAUCACGGAGACAAUGCCGGCAUUUUAUUCUCCUUUAAAAUGCCAAAGACUGUGUGAAGAAGAGUGUUUGCCGAAGGAGGAGAGUGGAAUAUUAUUCACCUAAGGGCGACAACAUCACGGGUGUGUGCAGGUGUUUUGAAAGGGUUGUCCUUGGACCCAACCCUUAGUACAAACUGAAUUUUUUAAAGGCACACCGGUGAGAAAUCUUUUUUAAAAAUUCUCACUUUAAAUCUAAAAAUCUAAAUCUAAAUAUCUGACAUGUUUGCGGAUCAUAUCCAUAAAUAAGUUGCUACAUGAUCACCACUUUAAAGAACAUUUUCACCUAGUUCUACAAAUCCUCUUGUUACUGCCCAGCUCACCUUAUACUGCUUUGACUCACUCAUUGAGUUAGUUUAGGUUAUUUUUGAUUAAAAAAAAAAAAAAAAUUAAAAUCCACCAACUAACUUAAAGAAACAACAUCUUACAAGAGAGGACAGUGAAGCAUUUUCAAGCUAAAUAUCCAGCUAUGGCAUUAAAGAACAAACAACUCUUUAGCUGAAAAGGUUUACUGUACACCACUGCUGUGUCCUAAUCCUCUGAAUGACCAAAUUGGUGGUUCAUACCUAGUGAUUUGUAAUUGAUCAAAUUAAAGUCAACAGACUUUGUAGAUGAAAUAAACAGGAAAGAAACCUGUAAUGCUUUUGAACACCGCAGGCAUUGUUAAUACUGUAUAUAGGGAAUAAACAAAGUUAAUUUUAAUUCGCUUCUCCCUCCUCUAUGUCACCCACAGGUUUUCGGAGGUCUGGUGUGGAUCCUGGUGGCAUCCACUCGUGUCUUUCCAGACAACCCCCUUGGCUGGGUGAUGUUUGUGUCCGUCUUCUGCUUUGUACUGACGACGCUGUGGUUCUUAAUUUUCCUCUGUGGAGCCAAUCAGAGCAGCGUCUGGCCCUCCCUGGUGAGACAUGCCAACAACAUGCCUCUUGGCUGAUGUACAGGACACAAAUAACUUAAUUUACACAUUUCACAGAAUAGCAAAUUAAAAGGACAUUCCAGCCUGAGUUUAAGCCAUGGUCGAACAUAACGUAACACAGAGUUAGACCCCCCCCCACCAAGAGAUUAAUUUUUCCGACUGCUUGCUUCUCUGGUUCCACCAACCUCAGCAACGACCGCAUGAUAGAAAUACAUAGUUGUAUACGUCUCUAUGUGUAAACCUCAACCAAAAAGCCACUCUAUAGCCACAAAUAAUGCUCAGAACAGCACCUAACUUCAUCAACAGUACAUAUAGGGUCCCAGCCAUAGUACCAGCCAUUAAACAUCUUUUUAGCUCUUCCUGGAUUCUUUAGCAAAGAGACGAAACACAAUUCACCCACUCUCUUCCAGCAGCCGCUUGUUUGUGAGGGGGGCCCUAACGAGUUGAUCACCGAGUUCAGCAGAGUUUCACAGCUCAAAGAAAACAAUUAUGAUCAUUACUUCAUGGGAAUGCAAUCAGAUCGAGAUGCUAAGGCAGAAGAACUACUGCGUCUGCAGUGCAAAAUUAUUAUGAUGAUGAUUAUUACUUCAUGGAAAUUGGGAUGGCAGAGAGGUCUGGUAUGAUUUGUUUCUGCAGGAAAUAUUCUGCCCCUAUAAAAGACUUUCUAUGUAAAUAAACAAACACUGGCAUUAGCUUCAAACUUACAACUUUUCAUUAAGUUUCCAGCAGAAGUAUUUUACAGCAAGCCUUUUCUUUUAAGAGUUAGUUACCUUGAACAGUAGGUAACAGGAGUCUGUGAUUUUCACCGGGUCACAGUGCUUAUGUUGGCUUUAUAAGUUUGUUAUUAAGAGCUGUCACAGUCUACGAUUGACAGAUGAUGACUGUCUGCAAAAACCAACAGCUGGCAGUUAUGAGGAGCCUGCUGUGGUCCUGCUGUGUUUAAAUUCAUGUCAAAUAUUUUAAUUAACACAUCUGUCAAAAAGUUUUCAUUUAAGGCUGUGUACUCAUUGUGUUCAAAAUUAGAUUAAUUCUGUUGAAGAGGUAUGGAUUAGAUCGAUGUGAACCCAAACAGUUUCCAGAAAAACAAUAUAGUUUGAAGCAACCUUGACAGCUUAAAUGCAACAACAACAGGAUGAAGCUCAGUCUGUUAAAUAAACUGCUCGCCCACUCCAUUUGUAAAGGUCACUUUGAACAAUAGCUUUGUGUCCUGUCUUUAAUACAUGUCCUGUUUUAUAUUCAUAAACAACAGUUUCUUUUUUCUUGCUCUAUGUUCACUUCAGUUGUCCAAAUUCUGUUUUUUUCUGACUUUAUUUUGUUCCUGUUUUUCUCUUUUUCCUCAUCUGUACUGCAGGAUGUGGGUUAUCAUUUUGUGGCAGCAGUUUUUUACCUCAGCGCCUUGGUGGAUCUGGCUUACAUCACUGUUUUGAAAGGGUGGGGUAUCACGAUUGUGGGGGGGCUCCCAGUUAUAACGAGUCUAAGUUCAGCUGAAAACCUCAAAGUCUACCGUCUGGACAUUGCUGCUGUGGUAUGUCAAACACACACACACACACACACACACACACACACACACACACACACACACGCGCGCGCUUAUUAUAUUUGAUAAAAGUAACUUAAUUGACUAUCAUGGUCCAUCUCUCUCUCUCUCUCUCUCACUCUCUCUCUUACUCUCUCUCUGUGUUUGCAGGUGAUGUGCUCUGUGGCCACUCUCCUCUACUUCCUCCAUGCUAUUUUCUCGGGCAUCAGAUGGAAGAGGUCCUAAAACACAAACUCAGAAGAGGAAGAGUAGAGAGACACCAAAUCACCAGCUGAUCUGUUGUUGGACAAACCACAGAACCACAACCUUUUCUAUUUUUUUAUUGUCAAAUUUAUGUUAUGAAGAGUAACUUUACUUUACUUUCUGUCCUAAACAUUUAAUAAAUAAACGAGAGGAAUGCAAGCGGGUUAUUCACAAGUACAUUAGGUUUUGCCAUAGAUUACCAGACAGGCCUACACGUCAUUACCCUAAUGAUAAUUACCCAUCAUCAUCAUCAUCAUCAUUUCUCUUUCUUGUUCAGAAAGGUAGCAGUUUUAUGCAAGUGAAAAUAUUAUGUUGUAAUUGAGAUCUGUGAUAGAAAGAAGUUCAAAUUCAAAUUUCUAAUAAAGCCCAGGAGACGUGCAUUAUUCAGAAAGCAGAUCCUUUCAUAAAUCCAAAAACCUGGGAAUAUGGAAAAUGAAACACUCUAUAUUUUCUGCAUAUUUUCUGUUAUUGAAAACAAAAGAAAUAUGUCAAAAAAAACAACCCCUCAUUAUAAUCCUUGCUCUUCUUUAUGACACAAUUGCUAGUACACUGUAUUUCUUAGGCUUGUCAGCACAAUUUAUUCUUUGGAAUUUACAUGAACAUUUACCUGAUGAUAUAAGAAUGUAAAUAUUACAAAAUUCCACUUAACAAGUAUGUUUUUGUCACUUUAAAAGUAUGUUUUUGGAUCUAUGAUUUGCAAUAAAUUAAUGGUACAUUCAAUCUCUGUGUCAUUUAUUUUUUCCUAUCUUAAACUUUGAAGAAUUAAGACAAUAAAAAUAUCUAUAAAACACCCCCACUUUGACUUUAAAACACUGGUUACAUAAUUCCAAAUCAUAUGACAAUUUAAACUUUUUCAACCAUCUGAUAUGUUUUUUUUUAAAGCAAGGGUUAAAGUAUGUGUUUGAAGCUUCUAAUCUCAACUUUAUUUAAGAGUUGUUUCUUUCCAUGAAAAAUACUCCUUAAUCUCCAUAAAUCAUAAAAGCAUGCUGAUUAUUUGUGCAUUCAGAUAUUAAAAUCAUCUGCAGAGUAUAAAACUAAACCAAGCUUGAUUUACAAUUUCUUAUAUGUGAUUUACAGCAACAUUUUAAAUUUUUGUCCACAGGGGGGUAGUCUAGAGAAGAGUGACAGCACUGCCCCGCAUCUUAAACAAUAUCAGCCAUCAUUUCGAGACUCUGUAUGUACUAAGAAUAUUUACCCCUGACAGAAGCCUAGGUUUGGUUUGAAAGAAACUCCAGAGAAACAUAUCUUAAUGUACCGUAGAUUUUGGGUUACUCAUACCUUUCUGCUGGAUUCUUUGGCUUGAUGCAAGUUAAAAAGAAAAGUAGGACCAAACCAAAACAAAGAGCUGAAAGUUGCCAAAACACUGAUCAGGACUGCAGAGUUAGGGGACAAUACAUGUCUGUUUCACAGAAAAAAAACACACAAAAAAAACAAAACACAUAACCAGUGCGUUUAACGGAAGGGUAUUGCAUUCACCAAAAUAAAUAAAAUGAAUAAAAGCUCUGUUUUUCUGAGUUAUGUUUUUCUGUUCUAUUCUUCAGUGUAAUUUCUUUCUGUUUUUUAGAGUAAUUGCUUUUUUCUUUUCUGUUUUUCAGACUUAUUGUUUUUCCUAUUCUCUGGGAUCAUGAUAAUUUAAAAACAAACACUGUCAUCCCCCUCUAUUCAAUUUAUUGGAAGCAAACAUGGCCCACUUGUUUAGUUUAAUCAAGUUUUACUUUUUGGGGGGGUUGACACACUGGGAGAUACUCCUUUCUUUAAGUCAGAUAGAUGGAAUCAUCACAAAUUGUCUAGUUUGUGCAGGCACCUUAGGAUUUGCAUACCCUAUGUUUAACUAAUAACAUGCUUUACUCUCAUUGACCCUGUAGUCAAAGUUAUCUAGGAGCUGAUUUGGAGCAGCUGUGGUGGUUAACGUUAUCUGAUUGUAUGGGAUUCUCGCAGGAUUUUGAAGUAUCUUGUUUAGUUAGAGAAAAAAAAUAGUCAGAAAAACAGAAAGACAGGAAAAAAAGUAGCGCGAAAAACAGAAUAAAAUUGGUCUAAAAAACAUAAAGGGGGAAAAAUAUGAGUAUAAAAAACAGAAGAAAAAAAGAAAAAAAGUUCAUCUGCAAAACAGCAAAUAAAAAAAAUAAAAAACAGUUUACUUUUUUUUGUAAGUGAAUGCAAUACGCUUCCAUAGCAUUUAUAGGUGAAAAAGACAAGUAAAUUUUUCCCCAAGACAAAUUCAAAAACAAUCCUCAGACAAUACAAAUGGUUUCAUGACUAAAAGUCAAGUUAACGCUACAGUUUUGAUGGUCACAACACAAGCAGCACUUCACAGACAUCAUAUAAGAUACAAAAAAAAAGCGCAUUAUCAGAAAUUUCUUUAGAAUUACUUUAAAAUACUAAAUAAAAAGUAUUGGUCUUAAACUUGUUGCUGAUGCAAAUAAGCAGUAUCGACAUUAAAAGCAGACAUUCCUGUUAUAGCCUCUGUGUGCAGUAUAAAUACAAGCUAAUGGCACACGGACCCUAUGAUGUAAAGGGUCGUAAAGUUAGCAUAAAUCCAAAGUCUAUGAGCUGUUUCUUUACUCAGCUGUGACAACAAAGGUAGUUUAACUACAUGUGAUUGACUGUAGCCAAGGGGUACAAAAAUUCCUCAUCUAGUUCUUCAAAAAUCUCUUCACAGUUCACCAGCUCACUUUAAACACAGGUAGCCUCAGGCACUGAAGGAUGGAGGGAGUGUCUGCUUCAAUGAGCUGUUGUGGGAAGGGACAGAAGAACGGGUUUGUCUGCUUCCUUAGCUCAGCUAUAAGAGUCAGUAACACCUGUUGCUGCUCCGUUAGUUAAGAGGAGAGGGCUGGUUGUGGCUGCAGACUCAGCACAGGGUGAAGGAACAGGCAGAGAUGGCUGCAACCACGGCUCAGCCUAUGGGGAGCCUGCCCAGCGGAAUGGGGAUCUGCACCACGGCCCCAGAUAUAUUCUUCCUGCCUGAGCUGGUAAGUGGGCAGAGGACAGAGAAGCUGACCUUGAAGCCUGUAUCAAUAAGAUUUUUCUCUUUGUGCAUUAAUUUCUAAAGGUUAGCAGUGAAUGUGUUUUAAAAAUGUAGCUCUACAGACUUUGAAGAUUUUCAUAAAAUUCAACCUUGUGUUGUGGAAUUCAUUUCAAAAGUUGAAGAGGUCACUAACUUUUACAAAUUUAUGCAUAUUGAACCAAAACAGUAUAGGAAAAGCAGCUACAGUCAAUAUCUGUGGCCUUGGCUGGUCAUAUUUUUGCUAACAAAUAACCACUUUGACAUUAUCUGUUUAAACCAAAAAAAUAUAUUUUAUCAUAUAAGUGGACCCCAUGACCAAAGCUACCAUGCAGUCUCUUAAAAGCAGAAAUAUUUGUUUCUAUUGUGUUAAUUGAGAAUGGAUCGUGAACUCUUUGAGUAACUGUGCCAUGCAAAAAAUGUACAUUUUGGUGAAAUGAGAGAUGAUGACACAUAUUCCUCUCAUGGGAGGUACAGCUAUGUCUUUUCACAUCUCACAUUUCACUCACAUUGUGUCUGGGCCACUAAUCUAAGAAAAAAUGCGGCCAACUCUUUUUUUUCUCUCUGAAUGAUGACAAAAGAUAGAAACUGCUGGAGGAAAAACUGACUGAAGAGGGUGUUUGUGUGUCUGAAAAGUAACCAAAAUGAUUUUAAUAAUUCUGUAAUUCUUUCGUGUAAAUUAUUUUUUACUGGGAUUAUGAGUCAGGUGACAUGGCACAAGUCUGCUUAUUCCUAAGUAGGAAAACAUACAAACAUUCUGGUCUCAGUGUGCAAAAAAGUUACUUGCAAAACUGUGCAGACUUUCAGUAUCAGUGUGGAUGUUGAGUUUUCAUGAUAUUGGGUAGUGUCUAUGGAAAUUAUUAUGCAUUGAAAUUCCAGUUUGGCUGCUUCUUUAAGCUUCAGAUUCAAUGUCAUUUAUUGGGAAUAACAAAACCCCUUUUCUUGAGUCUGGUGUCUCCAAAUAAAGUGUGAAAGUUGGAUGAGAAAUUGUUGGUCUCUUAAAAGGCGUAACAGUGAAGUUACACCACUUUAAAGUUUCCUUGUUCUACAUGUGCGAUCACUCUGCUGCUAAUUGUGAAUAAUCUUACCUUUACAACACAAUUUCUUCUCCUUAAAGUCACUAUGUGGAUCUUUUUUGAGGAUAUUUCUCACAGUUUUCAGUCAGACAUAUCAUGGACCCAGAGAAACCGAACUCAUUUGGCUCUAUCAACCACUGCUUUUUCUCUCUUUACUUGUACUUUUUGUGUCUGAGGUUGUUUUCAUCUGUUUUUAAUCAUCUAUUUUUCAAAUCAUCUAUUUUUCAGCUGUUUAUGAGUCAGAAAACUACAAAUUGUGUUUGAAAUACCACUGAAAGAACAUUCAUAAAGGCUUAACCCAAAUGCCUGUGUCUGUCAUUAUGAGUCUCUAUCUUGAAUAAAUGUUUGAUUAGGCAUUCAGACAGGGUCAGGCCUUUUCUUGUCAAACCAACUUAUAGCUUAAUCUCUCAGCCUCAAUAUCGACUUAUUUCACAACUAAUCCUAUAGGCUCUGCAGCCCCUCCCUCAGUUUUGUCAGCUGAAAGCAACAGUAAAGUUAUUGAAUGAUUUAAACUUCUGCAUUUGAGAUAAAGGGAGAACAAGUGAGUGAUUGUAUGUACAAUUACUCAGCUGUAGAUUCUGGUUCAUGGUACUUUUAUUUUUGAAUGUUUGCAAAUACAUUUUUUAAUGAGCUCCUGGAAUUUGGCGAGUUUUAAAUGUAAGAUUGUCAGACAGACAGUUCAGCACUUAGUAAUUAACAAAGAUUCAUCAGCUUUACUAAAAUGUAUCACGCUGACCCAUCAGAUUUGACACAUUUAAAAAUUAAAAAAUCGUAUGAAUUUAUACUUAUGUUUUUCUUUAAAAUGUUGUCGCUGAAUUGUGUGUUUGUGUGUCUGUGUGUGUGUUUGUUUGUUUUCAGUUUAUUCUGUUUUAUUUCAGUUGAUUGUUGGGUUAUGAAUUUUUAUUAUUAACUUUAUUUUUCUAUCUUGGAUUUGUUGUAAAACCAUCGUGUAUUUUUCAAAGGACGUUUUGGUGCAUGCGGGAGGGAUUUUGGGUGGGAGUCUGGUAGUGUACCGCUUUAUGUGUUUACAUUUGUGUUAUAUGCUGGCUGAUGUACACCAGGUGAAAAUCUUAAUAAAAUGUGCAAAAUAAUAAUAAUAUAUAUAUAUAUAUAUAUAUAUAUAUAUAUAUAUAUAUAUAUAUAUAUAUAUAUAUAUAUAUAUUUUUAGAGCUUUGAAUUUACAUUUGAUUCUAAGAGAUCCAGAAUAAUUAUCAGCAAGCCCCUUGCACUCAGAAGCCUUUGGAGCAAGGCGGUUGUUAAUUCAAACUUUAAAAUGGUAUGGCUCUUGGGUUUACUGUCCUGUGUUUUGGCAACCUCUCACUGCAGUUUCUUUGACUGCUUCAGUUGAUACAAUCCAGUCAGUCUGUUGCUUUUGCAUUUGGCUGUUUUCCUCUGCAAGCUUGGUUUGCUGAUGAUUGAACCUCUGAUACUCUGAUACUUGGCUUUAACAGGAAACUUAAACUCACAACAAAAUUAAUGUAUUCAUUUAUAUUUUUACAAAAAAUAUAUAAUGCAUGUUCAGCUGUGUACAUGGCCCCCGGGUGAUGUUUCAACAAUAACACAGGUGGUGUGUCCAGAACUGUUCAAGUUGUUGUAAAAAUAGAGGUAGCAAAGAAAGCACAAACAAUACAAAGAGCUGACACUGAUCUAUUCUGGGGAGGGGGGAUUUAUGACAGAAAAACUGGUUUCAUCAGACUUGAAAUUGCAUACAAAGUGUGCAUACUGUACAGAGACAAACAUAUGUGUGUACAUAUUGUACACUUUGCAUAUUAAGUGUACAUUCAAUCUAUUUUGCAACUGUGCAUGCUGCAAGUUUCUUUCUACAGCUGUAUUGUGUCCUCCAUAUAUGUCUUUAUUUUUGGCUUUUAUGAUAAGCCAAAAAUGAUAUAUGAUAUGAUAUGACUAAUCAAGGAGGCACUGCAGCUCAGCACUAAGAGGCAGAAAGACAAUAUGUAAUAUGUAAAUUGUACAGGUUUUUUGGAGAUAAGACCAGAAACCAGGACAGCCAGGAGACGUAAAUAAUAGCACUAUUAUUUCAUGUCUUUGGGGAAUACUCCACUCCAAAAAAAGUGUUUCAUAAAAGAUUUAGUGACCUGCCAAAGUAAACAAAUACGGCUUUUAAAAUGGACCAAAGCUGGAGAAGAAGUGACCCUGCUCCUUAAUCUUGAUGGUCUGUCUCUAUCUUAUCAGGUGUUUGGUGGUUUGGUGUGGAUCUUGGUUGCGUCAACUCAUGUGGACCCCCCAAAUCCUCUUGGCUGGGUGAUGUUUGUCUCUGUCUUCUGCUUUGUCAUGACCUUCCUCUGGAUGAUCCUCUUUGGGUCUGGAUGUCAUAAGAACAGCUCUGGCUGGGCUGCUGCGGUAAGACCUGCAAGACGGGAAAAGAUAACAAAAAUUGGCUGUACUGAGCUUAAAGGUAAAACUGUGGAAAAUGUUUGUGUUUUGACUUAAUUUUUGUGUGUGUGUUUGUGUAUGUCCAGGACUUUGCCUACCAUGGUCUGGCAGCUAUGUUUUACCUUAGUGCAGGUGUGGCUUUGGCUCACAUCACCUUUGGGAAGAAGACAGGAGGUGAUUUAAAAAUCUACAAGAUUGACAUCGCUGCUGUGGUGAGAACAAAUUUUAUAACAUGGGAAAAGAACAGAGAUUUAUCUGGACAGUAUUUAUCCAAAAAAAAAAAAAAAAAAAAAAACUUUACCUUUAAUUAGAACAGAGAAACACUAAAUGGUGAAUUGUCACAAAAGGACUCCUGGGGUGUGUUGAACAUCGGAACCACUACACACAGUUAUUUGCCUUUUGUUUUGGUCUAUUCCUUGUGUUAACGAUUAUGUUUGUGUGCAUUUCAGGUAUUUGCAUUUGUUACUCAUUUCUUCUACUUCGUCCACGCCAUCCUCUCCUCCAUCCGGUGGAAACACUUCUGAAGAGCAACACUGAAGCACAGACCUGUUUAUCAAUGUGAACGUGUGUGAGUGUACGGUGAAACUACCAGCAGCUGAAAAUAGACUGAUCAUAUACAUGUAAGAAUUUACAUACAAGAACUUAAAAAUUAUGAUAGAUACGGUGUAGAAAAUGUGAAUAAAAAAAAGCAAGAAAUAAGCUCAUCUUUCAAACAAAUGUACACACAGUCAGUGUGGGACUGUUAAAUUUUUACUAAAUCUUUGUGAUUCAAAGUAAGUGUCUUUUUUUUUGCUUUUUUUAAGAACUGUUGAAUAUUCUGUACUUCAAUUAUAAACAGCAUCGUUUAAUUUUCCGUUAUGUUAUAAUCAAUGUUGGACCAUCUGAAUUAUACUGCAGUCAUUGUUCAAUUUUUUUUUUUUUUUGCUUGCAGCUGGAUACAUUUUUUUUUAAAGAACAAUCUACUGGAAAAAAGAUUGCUGUGUAAAUCCAAACUUUUGAGCAGAGUGUGCUGCAUGUGAUAAUAAUGGCUAAAUUACAGAGAGCAUAGACAGAGCUAAAAUGGAGAUGAUGAGAGCGUGAUAGCAUUGAAACAGAGUCAGCAGUAGUAUGGGUUGAUGAUAAGUAACUGUAAAAAGACUGAGAAGUUGUUUGUAGGUCAUGAUGAUGUUAUUAAGUUUAAGAAAAAGUAUGAACAACAAAAAAAGAUGCACUUCCUCUGUCUGUCACUCCAAUAUGAAGCCUUAUAAAUACAGCCCUUUACAGCUAGCAGCCAGUUAGCUUGGCCUAGCACGGACUGGAAACAAGCGGAAACAGCUUGUCUGGUGAGGCAACACUUAAGACAACCCAAUAAUCUAAAACCAUAGAGGUCUUUAAUCAAUGUAUUAAUGUUAAUGAAUGUCUUGUAUUGUUGUUUAGUGGAUACAAAGACUGCAGAGACUUUUUUCUUCUUCUGUAUUUUCACCUGAUCUCUUACAAGCUAACACACCUGAGAGGGAGUGAUUGUUUGAUCAAACCAUUAUAUUUUUUUACCUCUUGUCCUUUUCAAAGAGUUAACAAACAAAAUACAAACUGUUUAGCAUUAAGGAUGCUGAUAGGAUGAUUUCUUUGACAAUUGAAAAAAGCCAGGCCAGCGAUUGCUAAGCUAAGCUAAGCAAAGCUAAAUGACAGCUAGCAAGUGCAAUUUGGAUAAAAAGAACUAAACAUUUUUAUGUGUACAAAAGUAUACAAAGGAAGUUCAACACUUUUUCUUUUCUUUUUUUUUUUGCUUUAAUUUAGGGUGACCAUAGGUCGUCUUUACCCUUUUUUAUGGUUUUGUGCGUAAGUUUCGAUUUUGUGUCACGUGGAUUUACUGAGUUAGAAGCGUGUAAAAGACACUCGAUCCCACCUAAAAAACUCUCAAAAUUAACCUUGUGCAACUCUAUGGCUCCACCCCCGCGUAGUCAUGUCCUCCUUUUGGGAAGUCAGAAUAUGGUCACCCUAUCUAAUGCUACUGUAUUCUCUAAAUACUGAUAGUAGAUUCAGACUCCAGUGGGAGCCAGCUUUCUGCCCUUUGUGAAAUGUAAUCACAGUGACAGAUUUAUUUCACCCAGAAAUAUUGCCAAGAUAUCUGUCUAAGAUUUGUAUGAUUUUUCUUUUAUACUUCCAAUAUUAAACCAGUAUGAGAUGUUAACAUAACCUAGCUGGAGUUUUAUUGAAAUAAAAGUAUGUCAAUAUGUUACAAAAGUAAUAAAGUUUAGUCCUCAUUUGAAUUUGAAUGUAAACUUUAACUUCAGCCGCUUUAACUGUUACAGGUUACUUUGAAAACUGCCACAACCUGCUGUGUCAUCCUGCAUGUGUCACUGUGGGUAAAUAUUUACACUUUUACUUCAACAUUUAAAGUGUAUGAAAAAGAUAAGAGUCCUGGCACUGAGAUAGUAAGAACCAGAAGAAAAUCUUAACUAAAGAAAAAAACAAGCUAGUGAAAUGUUUGGGAACAGUGCCAAGACUAACUGCAGCAGAAGUAAUCUGACACCUUUUUGCUGU